UAAUAAUUUAAAUUAUUUUUUUAAUUAUAUUUUUUUUAUUUCUGUAAAAUAACGAAACGAAGUAAAUUCGUAGCUAUUUUGCGACUUCUUUACGUGGAAGCUUAACGAGGUUUUUACGAGGAAAUGUUUACAAGGAAAUGACGUGGAAAAUUCACGUGGUCUUUACGAGGAAAGCUAUCAAGGUAUUUACGUUUACUUUACGAGUAUUUACUUUCGAGUUAUUUACGUGGCUUUAACGAGGAAUAGCUUUCGAGGUAUUUACGAGGAAAUUUAGCGACGUCCUUACGUGGAAGCUUUACGUGGUCUUUACGACGAAAUAUUCUUCUUCGCUUUUACGACGAAAUUAUUUCCUCGCUACGUUACGACGAAUUAGCGAGGAUAUAUGCGUUACGACAAACGUAUAACGACGAAACGGGUUUCCUCGCUAAUUCCUCGUAACACUGCUUUUACGACGAAGUCACGAGGAAAACUGCCCUCGUAAAACUUGUGUUUUCUUGUAGUGUUUGUACAAGUAUAAAUAUAUUUAUAACCAUUUACAAAUAAUCAUUUAUAAAUGUUUUAAGUUCUGUGGUUCACCUUAUUUACAACACUUUGAUUACAUUACUUAAUAAUAAAAUCCAUCAUUAAAAAUACACUUUCUUUUGAUCUUACUAAGGUACUCCAAUGUAAAUUAGAAGAUAGUUGUUUUUAUAAUUACUUUUUAUAUAUUUUAGUAUGAAAUAGUUAUAUAUGAUUUAAUAUAUAAUAAAGUAUGAAAUAAUUCUAUAUGAUUUAUAAAUAAUUCUAAAUAUACAUUUAUUCAAUUAUAAAUAGAUUUAGAAGCAUUUAAAAAUGAUUUUAUAAAAUUUUAUAAGUCUUAUAAAUAAAUUUAUAAAGCUUUAUAAAUGAUAUAAUAAAAUCUUGUAAAUGAUUCAGAAACUCUAAUAAAAAUAAAACCAUUAUAUUUAUUUUAAUAAAAAUAUAUUCAUUAUUUUAUAUAAAUAUAAUAAAUAAUUGAUAAAAAAUAAAUAAAUUGAUGAAACAUUAUAUAUUCUUUCUAUAAAUCUGAAAUUAUUUACCAUAAAUAUUUCUAAUAUUAAUUGUGUUGUUUGAUAACUAGUAUUAAUUUUUAUAUAUUUGCCUUUUAUUUUUAGAUUGGGUUAAAAUAAAUUAACAAAAUCAUCAACCAAUCAACUUAUAAAAAAGUUUAAAAACUUCAUAUAUGAGCUCAGUAGAUAGCAAAAAUCAAUUGAGUGGGUUCUCAAUUAUUUAUAAAUGUUUUAAGUUUUGUGGUUCACUAAAGAGAUUUUCUUUAGAUCUUAUUAAAGUAUUUCCAUAAUUAAUUCUUUUUAUUUUAGAAUUAGAAAAUAUAAAAUCUAAAAUCCCAUCAAAAUUAUAACAAUCUUUAAUAUUUCACCUAUAAAGCUAGCUAGUAACCAAAAGUUACUUAAAUGAUUACUAUUUUAAUAUAAUAUAAGAAGUAUGAAAUCAUUCUAAAUAUACAUUUAUGCAAUUUUAAAUAGAUUUAGAAGCAUUUACAGAUGAUUUUAAAGAAUUUAUAAGUCUUAGAAAUGAAUUUAUAAGCCUUUAGAAAUGAUUUAAUAAAAUUCUUAUAAAUGAUAUAGAAACUAUAAUAAAAUAUAGAACCUUUAUAUUAAUUUAUAUAAAAAUAUAUUAAAGUAGUUAUAUAACUAUAAAAAAUAAUUGAUGGAACAUUAUAUUUUUUUUUGUAAAUCUGCAAUUAGUGACCAUAAAUCAUUAUUUGUAAUAUUAGUUGUGUUUUUGGUAACUUGUAUUACUUUUUUAUAUAGUUAUCUAUUAUUUUUAGAUCUGGUUAAAAUAAAUAAUUAACAAAAAUCAUCAACCAAUUAAAUUAUAACAGUUUUCUAAAAUUUCACAUAUGAGUGACACGUAAGCAAAAAUCACUUAAAUGAAAUCUUAAUAUAUAGUUGGAUUAUUUUAAAAAACUCAUAUCAACAACUAUUAGAUUUGUUUUCUUAUAGUAAACAAAAAAUAUAUUAAAUAAGCACUAUACUUGCAUCUCUAUCUUGUUGACAAUAAACAAAUCUAGUAGUCAACAAAUAUUAAACAAGUUGUAAUAAUGUUUUCUUAAAAUGAGCACCUGUUCUUGCAUAUCUGUCUUGUUAUCUUUAAAUUUGACACCCACUUUAAUUUUAUUUCAUUUUUCUUAACUCAUCAAAAAUUUCUAUUAUUUGUGUUUGUUGAUUUUGUAUAUAUAUUAACAAGCUGACAGAAACAUAUUCUACUAUAAGAUUAAGAAAAUAAAGUCUAAGCAAGCUCUAUUGACAAUCUUUUUCAAGAACUUUAAAGUAUGAGGGUUUCUACUUUGUUUGUGGUUUCUUGUGUACUCAUGUUCUUCGUUACAAGUCAUGCUAAAGUUGCGGCGGAAGAUCAAAAGGGUGGAAUUGUUAGAUGGUUUGCUGGAGUUUGCGGUCCUAACGGAAGCAAAAAAUGCUUAGCUGACAUGAAAGAAUAUCCUCGUUGUGAUUGUAGAGAUGACCACUUUCCGACAGGACAUUAUUGCAUGUGUUUUCAUCAUUAAUAUAUUUAUCUGACAAGAUUUACUAUGUCUAUUACCAAAAUCUAUUUAGCAAUAAGACUAUCUCUAUUUAUCUGCUCAAGAAAUUAAAUUUUAUUUUGUUAUUUUGUGUUUUUAAGGCUAGUUAGUUAUACUAUUAUAAACUAUAAAAAUUAUCUAGACAUUCUAAAUAUAUUAAAAAAAUUAUACAUCUUAUGAAAAUUUACAUUUGACUUCACCUUCCUAAACUGUCUUAUAAACCGUCUUAUGAGAUCCAUAUUUAAUGGUUUUAUUUGCAUUGUAUUAAGGAUUUCAUGAAAAAAAAUUCUUUAUCAAUCUGCAUAAUUCACUUUCGCUAAGAUUCAAAAUCUGAAUCUCAAUAUAUAUGAACUCUCAAUGAAACCAUAGGAUUGAACAGGUUUCUACCAAUUAUUGUGUCUUAAAACAUGACUAAUUUGCUAUUGGUAGAUGAUUCAAUUUCAGUUUGAAUGUCGGUUUGAUGUUUGAAUGAAGGUUGAAUAACCUGAUGACACUUUAAGACAAGUUUGCAGAAGUUUGUUGGUGGUUUGCCAAAGCAGUUGAAAUCUGCUUAAUGCCUUACUAAACCUCUGCGUUUUGGAGAUGGAAGACAAGUUUACAAUACUGAUUGCGACAGAGGUUUCGUUUCACUUUAGACUGAGUAUAAAUACUCUCCUUGGUAUAUUCCAUUUCUUUAACCUAUAAAAAGUGCAGAAAACAGUGUUUUGAAAAACAGUUUUCUUGUUGGUCGCUUGUGCUCCUGUUUGAAGAGUUCUAUCAUCGUCUUUGAUCUAUAGAAAGCCAGGACUGAAUCCUUGGGGUCUUUUACAUUUUCUGUUCAUGUCUUUUCUUUACACAAACGAGAGUAGACAAAACAGAGCGAAAGAGAGAGUUGUUUCUUAACUCAUAUAAAGUAUGUAACAAUCGUGUUCCAAAAAAAAAAAAAAAAUGUAACAAUCAUGUACUUGGAGAAACAUAAUUAUAUUAUCCAUACCACAUUUCUAGUUCAUCUAGCGUCUACAGAUUCCAAUCUAUUAUAAAUCUUUGGCCAGAGUUCCACGUUUUUUCGAACUAAAUUACUAUAUAUUCUCUAAAGACAAAAGCCACCUACUGUUUUGUCUCACUUAAUUUGAUUCCGUCCCUUUUUAAUUAAUUAUAUUACCCAUGAGAUGCUCAAGCCUAUGUAAUAUAAACAAACAAAAAAGUGUAAAAUAUUCGUACGUUGUCCAGUUCUCAACUCCUAUAAAAAUGUUUAGAGAACUUGAAGUACUCGUCAGAAAGUAAACUCCGAUAGAUACUCUUACUUUCGCACUUUAACUUUCUCAUUAGGAAAAAAAAAGAGAGUAAUAAUGGAGAGACAAAAGAGUAUUAUGGAGAGACAGAAAAGCAUGGAAAGUGGUUUACUCAGGAAGAGUCUCAGCAUAAGAGAAAGGAAACACCCAAACGAAGACGGUUAUCUUGAAACCGGUUUAUCAUCAAAGAGGCAUAAAGAAGUGAAGAAGCAUCACAACGAAGAUGGUGAAUGUUGUGUCACAACCUCUGUGUGCCUUAUCACCUUUAUCGUCGUUACUGGCUCUUUCUGCGUUGGUUGUGGUACCGGUUAUUCUUCAGUUGCCCAACAUGGAAUUGUCAGUGAUUUAUCUCUCUCAGUUGCAGAAUACUCAAUGUUCGGGUCAAUAAUGACAUUAGGAGGACUCAUUGGUGCAGUAUUUAGCGGUAAAAUUUCUGAUGUUUUGGGAAGAAAACGAACAAUGUUUCUCUGUGAAGCUUUCUGCGCAACAGGCUGGUUGUGUAUCGCACUGGCUAAGGAUGCACUUUGGCUGGACUGUGGAAGAUUCCUACUUGGAAUAGGCGUUGGCAUCUUUAGCUACGUGAUUCCCGUGUAUAUCGCGGAAAUAGCACCAAAACAUGUUCGAGGAUCGUUCGUGUUUGCUAAUCAGCUGAUGCAAAAUUUUGGGCUUUCACUAUUUUUCAUCAUUGGAAAUUUUAUUUCCUGGAGAUUUCUAUCAAUCGUUGGUAUGGUUCCAUGUGUUCUUCACGUCGUUUGUCUGUUCUUCAUUCCUGAGUCUCCAAGAUGGCUGGCAAAAUUUGGUCGUGACAAAGAAUGCAGAGCUUCUUUACAACAACUAAGAGGCCAUGACGUGGACAUCUCACAAGAAGCAAACUCAAUUAAAGAUACAAUGGAUUUUUCACAACAAAGCGGUGAAACUGGGUUUGUGGAACUGUUUCAGAGGAGAUAUGUAUUUCCGUUAAUUAUCGGAGUUGGUUUGAUGCUCUUGCAACAACUGUCCGGUAGCGCAGGUGUUAUCUAUUAUGCUAGUAGCCUGUAUGAAAGAGGAGGUUUCCCGAGUGCUAUUGGCACGUCUGUAAUGGCGACAAUCAUGGUACCAAAAGCGAUGAUUGGAACAAUUAUUGUCGAUAAAAUGGGAAGAAGAACUCUACUUAUGGCUUCUUGUGCUGGAAUGGGCCUGUUUGCUUUGCUCUUAAGUGUUUCCUACAGUCUUCAGUCAUUCGGCAUUCUACCAGAACUCACUCCACUUUUUACCUUCAUCAGCGUACUGGGUUAUAUUAUAUCAUAUGCUUUGGGCAUGGGAGGGCUACCAUGGAUUAUAAUGUCUGAGAUAUUUCCUAUGAACGUAAAAGUUUCAGCUGGAACUUUAGUUACAGUUACCAACUGGGCAUGUGGUUGGAUUAUUACCUUCACCUUCAAUAUAUUAAUGCAAUGGAAUGCAUCAGGAACAUUUUUAAUUUUCUCCUCCGUGUCAGCUGUGUCGAUCGUGUUUAUCUAUUUCAUAGUGCCUGAGACGAAAGGAAGGUCACUCGAAGAAAUACAAACAUUGCUUUCCAAUUCUGUUCAUUAAUACCAAAGUAUCAUUUUAUUUCUUGUUGCAAGAAAAGUAAAAAACAAAGAAAAGAGUUAUAAAUUUAUUAGCGU